GAUUAAUAGCUGAGACGAUACUACAGGCCAGGCCACAUCAGCGUUGCUAGUGCUAACGGUACGAUGAAUCUCGUCGCUUUUCUUGCCGCAGGGGCGCUUCGUGUCGGGAGGCUGCGGUGGCGGUGUUUCUUGAUCUUGACGGUCAUUGCCUUGACUUUGCUCGGGGGUGUGCUGGCCGCCGAGGAUGACGAAGACGACGCCAUCGCUAGUUUUCUUCACGCCUCGUCAGGCGAGCGGUACGACUCAGGGAGGCCGGAGAGUCGCCGCGUGGCGCUAGCGAUGGCGAACUCCUCGGGGUUGACGAUUCUGCAGCCGAACCUCGUAACCAGCGCCCUGCAAGUGCUCCAACUUGCACCGGGGCUUAACCUCGACACUCGCAAUGACGGCGAUAGCAACCUUUGGUGCGGGGCCAUCAUUAAGAACAUAGUGUUUCGCUCCUCCCUUCCCACGGACGGAGUGUUUUAUUUUCUCCUUGACGAUGCUUGCGAAGUCAACGGCACGGUAAGGCUUCAGGUCAUGGCUGUGAGGAAGGGUGAUCUGGACCCGUUACGCCAAGGAUUGCAAUCGUUCGCCGAAGAAGAGCUUGUCAGUUAUUGGUGGCGAAACACGACUUUGGGCGGGAUUCGACGCGUUCUGCCCGUCGUGUACCAAUCAGGGAGCGUCAUGACGAAGAUGUCGAGCAUCAAAGGCAUGGAUCUCUCGCCAUCUGGCACGCAUUUAAUGUUGAGCACGGACGUCCUCGGCGAAGAUACGUACUCCAGGGUGACGUUUCUGUCGGUGCCCGACGGUAAUCGGACAUCUUCUUCCCAGCCCGCCGCCAUGUCCGGCACCUUGACGCUGAAUCCCGCCAAAACGCAGGUCUACCUUUCAGACAUUGGGGAGCCUACGCGGGUUCUGGCUGCGCCGGUCGCCGCCGUCGAGAACGCGGUUGCUGGACAAUCAUCAACAUGGACGACCGUCGCAAGCUUUCCGAGCGGGAGCCAACCGAACAUAUCGACGGUUUUUUUCAACCACCAGAGCUUCGCGCCCGACGGGGCUUGCCUAUACUUCGUUGACAGAGCUUACCACAGGAUAUGGUCGAUGCAGGCGACGUCGGGGGAGGUCACGCUGGUCGCGGGCACUGGGGUAGCCGGUGUGAUAAAUGGCGAUGGCGGAAUUGCAACCUUCCGGGGCUUGCGGGACAUCCUCGUCACCCCUGAUGGCUGUAAUCUCUUCGUCUCGGAGAUAGGUGGACGCAUCCGCUGGAUCACGCUUCAGUCACCUUGCGGGCGUGCCAGCAGCGUGGAGACUAUCGCUACGUAUCCCGACGAUGGACUCUGGGGAUUGGCUUUCAAGGACGAAGGGAUGCAUCUGAAACUGUACGCUGGAGGUAACGACGGGUCGCUCUUUGAAGUUGCACUCGUGAAAUCGGCAUUGCAUGUAUGCGGCGGGAGCGCGGGGCCAGGCGGAGGAUCCCCCACCCAGGCCCCCAUCCCAAUUCCAGACCAACCCGUGGCCUCUUCAACUCUUCCCACCGAACCCGCCGUCGUCUCCAAUUCUCCUGUAGACCGCACCCAGUCUAUGCCGCCUCCGGCUCCACAAGUCCCGGAGAGUGAGGCUUUGCGAUAGAACACCAGGCACUGGAGACUC